AUGUGCUUGAGUCUGUUUACAUUGUUUUAUUUUUUCAUUUUUACUGCUGCAAAACACUUCAAUGGAGGAAGUAUCGGAUGGGCUCCCGUUGAUCCUUAUGAUAAUUCUACGUCAGUUAAUAUUACUAUCACACAGACUUAUUCGUGGACAUAUCCAUAUAUAAAAUGUCUAAACAAUGUGCCGAGCUCGACUAAUGGAUGGAGCGGUGCAAAUACUAAUCUGACUUGUGUAGUUGAUUGUUCGACUGAUGGUGGUUAUUCUAAUGCUCCAAUUGAUAUUCUCACCGAUUGUACAUCAGCUAGUGCAUCAAUGAAAAUGAUGACAAGUGAACGAUCGAAGAGUGUUACUCUAUCUGCUGAUGCACAUUUUUAUAUAGCUUAUAGAGGAAGUGCUUGGGUAGCAUUAAAUGAUCCUUCUCAACAAGGCCUUGACUGGUCUAUUGUAACAUACAUUGAUCUUCGUAAACGACCAGAUGGUUUUAUUAAUACUCCGCCUGUUGCCAAAGUUGUUUCUCCACAAUAUGCCAUUGUAAAUAAAACAAUACAAAUAAAUAUACCUGUUUCGGAUGCCAAUGCUGGUGAUGAUGUACGUUGUCGAUGGUCAACAUAUACAACUGGUUAUCGAAGACGAAAGCGAUUCGACAAAGAAGAGCAUAUCAAGCAUCGAUCUGAUGUUCGCUUUUACGAAGAAGUAGCUAAGGAUAGAGAAAUGAUUUAUAUUAGAAAAAAAAGAGGAAGCUGUGGUAGUUGCAGCCAUUCAUGUCCAAAUGGCUGUGAUUGCAGCUGUCCUGGUUGUGGAUCCGGAUCAUGUACUGGCUCGACAUGUACUGACUCCGGUGGUUGUGAUGCGACAACUACAACCAUUGGGACCACCACAACUGUUGCGGCAACUACAACCGGUGCGACCACUACAACUCAUGUGACCACCACAACCGUUGCAGCAACUACAACCGCUGCAACAACUACAACUGUUGCGGCAACUACAACCGGUGCGACCACUACAACUCAUGUGACCACCACAACCGUUGCAGCAACUACAACCGCUGCAAUAACUACAACCGUUGCGACAACAACCGGUGCGACAACCACAACCGCUGCAACAACUACAACAGCUGCGACAACGACGACUGGUGCAACAACGACAACCGAUACGACAACGACAACCGACACGACAACUACAACCGAAACGACAACCGAUACGACAACCACAAUGAAUACAACUACUACAGAAACUCCAGGAACUCCGAGAUCGACUUCGUCGUUUCCAAUCCGGCAGGCAGUCGACGAAUGUGGUGGUAUUUGUUAUCCAGGCAGUGUGCCUACUGGUACAACUCUGUCCAAUUGCGCUAUCACAUUCACAGGCACUAAAGCAGGUGUCUGGUAUGCAGUUGCUAUUCAGGUUGAAGAUUUUAUCGAUACAUCAAGUACAACGCCAAUGAGUUCAGUACCAGUUCAAUUUUUAAUUUAUGUUCAAGCACAACCAGCUUGUUCACUAGAACCUCUAAUUAUUCCUCUAGAUCGUUGUCUAGAAGUACAAGUUGGUGUCUCAAUCAGCUUUAAUCUAUCUGCACUGAAUUUAUGUAAUCAAAAUGUGGCUACACUUACUGAUAUCGUUGUUGCAAGCGGAAUUACUGGUAUGACUCAUGGUAAUCUUACACAUUCAUCAACAAACUCAUCGAUCUACUAUAUGAAGUUCACUUGGACACCACAGGCAAAUCAAAUUGGAUCGCAACAGUUAUGUACAGUAGCAUAUACAAGUGAACACUUGCAAUCUGAGCAAUAUUGUGUGACAUUUACUGUAAAAAAUUCAUCUGAUACUUGUGUUACGACUACAACAACAUCAACAUCGACAACUACCACAUCCGAGACGACGACAACGACAGAAACGACCACUACCACAUCCGAAACAACAACAACAACUUCGACUUCAACGACAUCUGAAACAACCACAACAACAUCGGAGACAACGACUACGACGACAACUUCUUCAACGUCAACUUCAUCUACAUCAUCCACAUCAACAACGUCCAGCACAACAUCUACCACAACUACAUCGACGACUACGACAUCAACUAGCUCAACAACAACUACAUCGACGACUACAACGUCAACUAGCUCAACAACAACUACAUCGACCACUACAACUGUGGGUCCUGCUGCACGACGUCGCCGACGAAAAUCAAAGGAAGAAGAUACCAGCAAACGAAUUUCUGAGUCAAGACUUAUAACUAAUGAAUUAGAAAAAAUAGCAGCUCCUCGCAAAAUAUUCAAAUCAAAUACACCAACUAGAGAUUGUCGUUUUUAUAAUGCAAUGGAUCCUCACAAUAACAUGAACAAUACCUUUCCAUCAGACUUGCGCACAAGCUUGUCUGAUUCCAUUUGCUCUGAAGCAGUUACCAUUAUGACAGAUGUAGAAGAGUAUAGAGUUUCAUCAACAGUUUCUGUCAAAAGAGUUAAGCGUGCUACUAUAGAACAACAAAAUAACACUGAAAAAUUGGAUGAAACGGGAAGCGUCCAUAUUAAAUCACCAAAUCAUCUUGACAAUAAUGAAAAUAUUCGAACCACUCGACGUUCAACAGUCACAGUUCUGCGAGUACCAAGAUUGGAUAAAGAAAAACAGAACUAUUCAAUCACAUCUCAGCAAAGCAUUUUAAGUGCGUCAUCAGUCAAAUUAUCGAAACUGGAUCAAGUCAAGGUGACAAAAAUACCACGAAGUCAAUCAACGUUAAAUCAACGAACUCGAGCAACAAGUCUUGGUAAUGUAGUCACUAUUAAAUCGGACAAAUCUUUCAUCGAAAUGAAACCAAUAACAAUUCAUCCAAAGGCUACUUCACUUGCCACAAAUAUCAAUGUACAUAAAGUCAAUCGAGUUAGCGUAAUAAGACUGCCAAGAAAGUCUACUAUUUCUUAA